AAUAGUACCUGUCACUUGCGUCAGGGGUGACUGGCCACUCAGACGAGUCCCAUCCAAGUUGACACGUCGGAUCUGAACGCGCUUCUCGGCUCCGAGUGUGGUUAGCGAUGCUUGGCUGUGGCCCAAUGGACUCCUUGUUUUUCCCGGGGAGGCCUUAACACGAACACCUGACUUUGGCGAUAUCGGGCGAUAUCACUGCUUCUAUAAAUAACUUGCUGAGGAAAUGGCUAAGGAGCACAAAUACAGCAUGACAGAAACAUUUGUACUGGCCGGAUCGAAUGGCCACAAUGGGCAACUGUGGCACACGGCGACCACCAACUCGGUACUAGCAGGUCACGCCUCUGGUGCCAACCACGUGUCCAGGAUGGCCCGCGUGGCCUCCGACGUCAAGCACACGUGCGCCGCCUAUGUGCUGGCGCUCAGGCCAUGGAGCUUCAGCGCCUCGCUCACGCCGGUGGCCCUCGGAAGCGCCUUGGCCUACAAGCUGGAGGGAUCAGUGGACUUGGUUGUCCUCCUGGUGUGUGCAGUGGCCGUGCUGGUAGUGCACGGUGCGGGAAACCUGGUCAACACCUACUACGACUUCUCCAAAGGCAUCGACCACAAGAAGAGCGAUGAUAGGACUCUGGUGGACGAGAUCCUUGCGCCGCAGGACGUUGUCAUGUUUGGAGCCUUGUUAUACUCUUUGGGAUGCUUGUGUGCAACAUUGCUCUUCUUCCUGUCUACACUCAGACUGGAACACCUUGCCCUGAUUUACUUCGGGGGACUCUCCAGCUCUUUUUUAUACACUGGAGGGAUUGGUUUAAAAUACGUGGCCCUGGGAGACGUGGUCAUCCUCAUCACUUUCGGCCCGCUGGCCGUCAUGUUUGCACACGCCGUGCAAGUGGGCUACCUGUCGGUGCUGCCUCUAGUCUACGCUGUUCCGCUGGCCCUCAACACUGAGGCCAUCCUCCACAGCAACAACACCCGCGACAUGGACUCGGACAAGCAGGCGGGUAUCGUAACGUUGGCCAUCCUCAUCGGGCCCACGCUCUCCUACAUGCUCUUCAACCUGCUGCUCUUCGUCCCCUAUGUGCUCUUCUGCAUCCUGGCCACGCGCUACACCAUCAGCAUGGCACUGCCCCUGCUCUCGCUGCCUAUGGCCUUCCCCCUGGAGAAGCAGUUCCGCAGCCGGUGCUACACCAAAAUCCCCCAGAGGACAGCCAAGCUCAACCUACUCAUGGGACUGUUCUACGUCUUUGGCAUCAUUCUGGCUCCUCAGGGCAGCCUUCCCUUACUGUGAUUAACAUUUAAAAUGUUUUUUGUCUGUUUGUUUUUUAAAUACAGAUACAGACUACUUUGUGUACUUCACACACUUUAAUUUAUUUAAUUUAUGUCCUGUAGAAAUAGCUUUAGCUCUAGCUCUGUGACACUGAACACAGAUGUUUAUUCAGGUCAAUGACUAGUUGCCAUAUUUCUUUUGAUCAUAUGCCUGAAAACAUCACUAAAAUAUUGACUUUGUACGCUUUUUCUUUGAACUUACUGUUAAUUUGUACAGUGUGAUAUUUCUUCUUUGCUUUUUGCCAGCCAAAUAGUGUUUGUUUGCGUUGUAGUAAAAGUCGCUGAUGCUUUAAAACUUUUUCAUUUUUUCUAUAGAAAAAUAAAUGAGCUGAG